AUGUGCCAAGAGCAGCAGCAACAACAGCAACAACAGCCACAGCCACAGAUCUCUCUCCCUGUCAAUCAGGGCUUGGUACCGUUUCCACCGCCCCGUCAUGAGUUGUCUGCACCGCCAGCAGUUCCAUCCGAGGGCAGUCACAUUCGAAAGCGGCCGCUUUUUCUCUUAGACAAACCCGCUCUUGCCCCACGCGCUAUCCAGCCUCGGCCAGCUGCCAGCACGGCCUCUUACAGCAGCGAGAGCAGCGCUUCUGCGCUCCUUUCCCCGGGGUUUGAAAGUAUUACGGCCAAAGGCGAGCCGCCCCGGAAACGAGGCCGGCCAAGCAAAGCCGAAGCGGAGCGACGCAAAGCGGCUGCGGAGGCUCGAGGUGAAACCUACCCUCCUCCCCGGAGGUCGGGAUCUCAUAGGCUGAAAGCUCCUUCAACACCAGCCAGCCCGCCGGGAGUCAUGUCUUCAAGCACUUCGUUCACACCUCAGGCGAGUGUCCGGUCCGUGGAAGCCCCGACUCCGGAGCUGCGCUAUGCACCGCCGCCUGGGAGGCCAAUCACGCUCAUGGCACCUAUCGACGAUGGACGAGCGAGAGGAGUGCCGAGUCGUGACCCGGGACCGAUACUGAGAGAGCUUCCAAGACCGAUCGAUCCACGGCAGACUCUACCUUCACCCCAAGCGUUACAACUGGGCCACAGAGAGCCGGUCGCGCGGAUGGAUCCUGGGGAGCGGCCAUUUGAGCCUCGUCCUUCCGAGAGAUUCUCCUUUGGAGACAGUAGUCGUCGGAUCCUGACCGAUCCUGCGAGCAGACGGCCAGAAGGACCCGCAUUGUCUACUCCCGAAGUACCUGCUGCUACUUCAGCCGAAAGACGGCCCGAGUGA